AUGGAGCAGCAAGGUAAUUCGGCGCGGUCUGUCGAGGACACCAAGGCCGCCGAAACGGUCCCGCGCCCAACUCAAACAAGCCCGCCUGCGACCCAAGACACCGAGCCCGUCAACCAGACAAGCGAGCCAACUGUCGAGAAAAAGAACAAGGUUUCCGAUCGGCACAGAGAGAAGAAGCAAGAAGGCAAGAGUCGAAAAGACGCAAAAUUCCGAAGACGAGCCGCCGCCCGUCAAGACUCGGAUACCAGCGAUGAGGAGGACAAUGUGAGCAGCGAUGAAUCAGACGUGUCUGGUAAUUCAUCCUCCUACAAGAAAUCUAAAAGAAAUACACGUCGCCGUCGCAUCCGCAAGGUCGCUUCGGGAAAGCUGGCCAAGUCAUCCACCUCCAGGCGCAACAAGCGGCGCUCUAAAGACGACAGUGACUCGGUCCUGAGCUCGGAUUCGUCUUCUGAAUCGGAGCGGGAGGGUGCGACUCGCGCAUCUCGCGAAGAAGGGCAGAGCGGCAGCGACACUGAUAAGGAAGUGCAGGAUCUUCGUCGACAAAUUCAGCAGUUGCAGCAGCAAGUGCAAGGGGCACUACAGCCAACCGUAAUCAGCCCGUUCCCCCCGAAUCCCAUGAUGUAUCCGAUGCAGAAUUUCAAUCAGUAUGCCUUCAGCCCUCACAUUUCCCCGGCUGUCAUUCAGCCACAAAGCCCAGCCCCUGCACCGUCGACGACAGCGCCGCCACCGCCACCGCCUCCCCAGCAAGAGAGUCCUGCAGCUCGCCGACGCCGUGCUUUCCGACUCGGGAUACCAUUCGAGGUUGAAGAAGAGAAGAAGAGCAAGUCUCCCCCGAAAAAAGAUGGGAAGCCAUCGUUUCGCCGCGUUGACUUUGUAUGGGAUUCCGCUGCGCUGUGCUUCAAGAUACGGGAUACGGCAGAUGCGCAGUCGCAGGACGAGGAAGAUGAGGAGAACAUCUUUCUGGUCCGGAGAACCUUUGACACGCAGGGCAGGUAUCGACAGACUUUUGUCGAUAUUAGGAGCAAGCUUUUGAGAGAAUGUCUCAAGGAGACGAUUGGAGAAGUCAAAGGAGUGACCUUUGUGGAGGAGAUUCCAAAGCUCGAUCCCGAAUUCUUGUUCUUGUACAUGGAUGAUUUACGCGCGCAUUACAAACACCUAAAGAAUGUCAAGCCAGCCGGAGACACGAAGAAAGAGAGGGCAAAGAAUGCCAAGAAAUUGGACUUGAAGAUUGUGCAUCUCAAGGUGCUGCUCAAAUACCUGAAAAAGGACUAUACAGAAAUCAAGCGUCAACUUGACUCGCUUCUCCGAAACGGACUCAUCACUUUUGAGCUUCUGUGGGCUCUCUGGAAGCCCAAAUCCCUCGCAUACACGACAACGUACGGCGACGACGACGAGCCGCGCGUAUUCCGUGUGGAGGGCGCGGAGCGGCACGCAAACAUGCAAAAGGGCGAGUUCUACCACAUUGACGGCAAAUAUUUCGAGUAUGACGGCAAGAACUUUGGCUACGGAAGCAUGGCCGAGGAGGUUGGAUCGUUUCGCGGCACACGCAAGAUUACCAGCCUACCGUGCUACCCGCUCCGCUUCCACCGCGACGAGGAGGGCGUGCGCCGGAAGCUCACGGAGCGCGGCAAGAAGUUUGUCGAGCUGCGCGGCGUCCACUACAAGAGCUACUCGGGCAUGGCGUACCUCAAGAGCAAGAAGCACGGCGUCAUCAAGUUCAACGUGCAGCAGAGCCGGAUGAUGGUCGACACCAAGACGUUUCGGCGCAUCAACCCAAACUACCACCUGUCGCCGCUGGGGCAUGCAGCAAACGGCUCUCUGCCUCCGGGAAGCAUGCCGGACGACGAAGAUGACUCCGACUGCGGUUCGUACGGGUCAGACGCCUACAACAGCGACAAUGGACAGCUCGAGGUCCUCACCACCGUGUUCGACGAGGGCAGUGGGACGAAGACGCAGGCCUCGUCGACUGCCAAGGGGGAAUCAUCCGACUCGUGCGGCAAAGCCACGCCCUCUUCCUCGGGCGUAGAUACCGACGGCAAGAGCAAAGGCGACAAGACGUCGGAGAAGAGCGCCGACGACGACCUGCCGCGGGCGCUGACGGACGAGGACUACAUUCUGGCGUCGCCGGUGGUGCUGGGGUUCGCUUUCGCCGAGAAGCAGUGGCUCGAGUUCACGGUGACCAACGUCGGGCCGGUGCGAUGGAACGACCAGGCGUGGGACUCGCUGGUGCUGGAGCGCGAGACCAAGGACCUGAUCAAGGCGCUGGUGACGUCGCGGCGCAGCAACGCGUCCAAGACGAUUGAUGACGUGAUCCAGGGCAAGGGCAAGGGGCUAGUGACGGUGCUGCACGGCGCGCCCGGCACGGGCAAGACGCUAACGGCCGAGGGCAUCAGCGAGCUGCUGAAGUGCCCUCUCUACAUGGUGUCGGCCGGCGAGCUAGGUACCGACUCACGCUACCUCGAAGCCGAGCUGCAGCGCAUCCUCGACAUCUGCCACGCCUGGGGCGCGGUGCUGCUGCUCGACGAGGCCGACGUCUUCCUCGAGAAGCGCAACGUGUCCGACGUCCACCGCAACGCGCUCGUCAGCAUCUUCCUCCGCCAGCUCGAGUACUUUCAGGGCAUCCUGUUCCUGACGACGAACCGCGUCGAGACGUUUGACGAGGCCUUUCAGUCGCGCAUUCACAUUGCGCUGCGGUACGACAACCUGGACGGGAAAGCGAAGCGCAAGAUUUUCAACAUGUUUCUGGCCCGCAUCCGCGCGCUCGGCAAGCUCAAGGUCGACUCGCUGUCCGACGAGGAUCUGGGCCGGCUGGUGCGCCAGGACCUAAACGGCCGCGAGAUUAAGAACAUUGUCUCGUCGGCGCAGGACCUCGCCAUCAGUAAAGAGGAGACGCUCGGGAUGAAGCACCUGCUGCAGGUGCUCGAAGUGCAUGCGAGGUUCAGCAGGGAUCUCAAAGGCGGCACGGGCUACGAGGAUGCGAUGAGGAGCUACUUUUGA